GGAAGGGCUAAAUUCAUUCUGCCCUGCUUCUGGUUUGAAUUCAUUUUGCAGCGACAAUGCCUGGUUCUCAGUCUCCGCAGAACGAUGGGAGGACCGCGAAGGAGAAGGCCAUUGACGACUGGCUUCCGAUCACCUCCUCCCGGAAUGCCAAAUGGUGGUACUCUGCUUUUCACAACGUCACCGCCAUGGUCGGCGCCGGCGUCCUGAGUCUCCCUUACGCCAUGGCCGAACUCGGGUGGGGUCCUGGGGUUGCUAUACUCGUUAUGUCCUGGAUCAUCACCUUGUACACCCUAUGGCAAAUGGUUGAGAUGCACGAAAUGGUUCCCGGGAAGCGAUUCGAUCGGUACCACGAGCUUGGACAGUAUGCCUUUGGCGAAAAGCUUGGCCUUUGGAUUGUGGUUCCUCAACAGUUAAUUGUUGAGGUUGGAGUGAACAUUGUGUACAUGGUUACAGGAGGAAAAUCACUGAAGAAGUUCCAUGACACUGUCUGCCCUGACUGCAAAUCGAUCAAGACAACUUACUUCAUCAUGAUUUUUGCCUCGGUUCACUUUGUUCUCUCGCACCUCCCCAACUUCAACUCCAUUUCCGGUGUGUCCCUGGCUGCAGCAGUCAUGUCCUUGAGUUACUCAACCAUUGCUUGGUCUGCUUCGGUUCACAAGGGGGUUCAACCAAAUGUGAGCUACGACUACAAAGCCUCAACUUCGGCUGGAAAAGUUUUCAAUUUCUUGAGUGCUUUAGGAGAUGUCGCUUUCGCCUAUGCAGGCCAUAAUGUGGUUUUGGAAAUCCAGGCCACAAUCCCCUCCACCCCCGAGAAGCCUUCCAAGGGUCCUAUGUGGAAAGGAGUGAUUGUUGCCUACAUUGUUGUUGCACUGUGCUACUUCCCCGUUGCUUUGAUCGGGUACUACAUAUUUGGAAACAAUGUCGACGACAACAUCCUCAUCACCCUCGAGCAUCCGAGAUGGCUUAUUGCAGCUGCUAACAUGUUUGUUGUGGUCCAUGUCAUUGGAAGCUAUCAGAUUUACGCAAUGCCAGUGUUCGACAUGAUUGAGACCGUGUUGGUGAAGAAAAUGAACUUUGCCCCUAGUUUCAGGCUUCGAUUCAUUUCUCGCACUCUGUAUGUUGGAUUGACAAUGUUCAUUGGCAUGACCAUUCCCUUCUUUGGUGGCCUCCUUGGGUUCUUCGGAGGAUUUGCUUUUGCCCCAACAACAUACUUUCUGCCUUGUGUCAUGUGGCUUGCCAUCUAUAAACCCAAGAAAUGGGGCUUAUCUUGGUGUAUAAACUGGAUCUGCAUUUUCUUUGGCGUUCUGCUGAUGAUUUUGUCACCCAUUGGCGGUUUGAGGACGAUAAUCCUCCAAGCCAAGACCUACGAGUUCUACUCGUAA